UGCAUCCUCAUGGAUACUAGGAUUCAUUUCCGCUGAGCCACAAUGGGAACUCCAAACACAGGAAAUUAUAAAGGAAAAAAUUUCUGUAAUCUACCACUUGCAGAUAACCAUCAAAAAAUUUUAAAACUACUGGAGUCCCCACUGUGGCACAGUGGGUUAUGAACCUGACUGCAGCAGCUCGGUUUGCCAUAGAGGCACGGGUUUGAUGCCCAGUCUGGAACAGUGGGUUAAAAGGAUCUGGCAUAGGAUUUGAUCCUCAGCCCAGGAACUUCAUAUGCCUUGAGUGCAGGGAAAAAAAAAAAAAAAUCGAAGACUGCCAUUCAGUCUCUUUCCUAUCCAAUUUUAAAUCAACAGAAAAAGAAAUCAUACUUUGCAUCAUUUAGUAAACUUUUAUCACCUAGUGCAAUAUCAUGCACAUUUUCCCAUGUCUUUAAAUGUUUUUUUUGAACUGAAGUUUUCUUCCCACAAUGGGUGAUGAACCAUAAACUAAGUAGUCUUUCCUUCUUGGUUGAGUUUCUUCUCUUGAUUAGCUCACCUGGUAGGUGACCAUUAGGGAGCUCCCAAGAGCAGAACAGAGUGUCUGUUUUGGGAGAUCUAUGCUAUUUUUAUACAGUUCACUCUGUUCCUAGUUAUCUAUAAGAUCAACUAACAGAGGUCUAAGCUUGUGUCUGUAUCCAGUAUUUACAGCCACCUCACAUUUUUUUUGUCCUCCAAAUAGAAACAGUUCAAAGUGUCACAAACCUUUUAUUCUGGAAGUGAAUAUUAGAGAACGAUGAUUCACCUUGGGAGGUGUGGGCACAACCCAAGGUUAUUUAUAGACAUCCACUCAUAUACACAAUCUUUAUAGAUACACGUAUAGAAAAGCAAUGGGCAAGUGGUAAAGACCACCACAUUGGGAAUAGAAAAGUUGCUAUAAUGAGAUGUUUUAAAGGAAACUGACAGUCAGAGACAUACUACAGAACAGGCUUUUUACAAACCUCCUGGGGUCCACACCAGCAGUGUGGCCAUUCAGAAGUCAUGCUCUGCCACCUGGGGAAACUCGGGUUUCUACCCCAGUCUCAAAUGGUUCUGGUUCCCAGGACAUUCCUCUUUUCUUACAAAAAAGUCAUAUGAAUGGCCUUGCCAUAGGAACAGGAAUUGCAACUGCUCUCAACCCUUCCAUUGGCCUUCACACAGACACAUAUACAGACCUAUGUGUUAGUGGCUGAACAGCCAGAGGAGGAGAAGAGGGGACAAUUUACAAACAAUUUACAAAAAGCUAUUUGCCAAUUCAUGAAUCAGUGUUUUUUCACUUUGCUAUUGCCCAGGACUUUUGUUUGUCAAUUUCAGGAGCAUUAUCUGAGCUGCCGCCUGAAAAAAAAAAAAAAAAAAAAAAAUGUUGGUUGAGUGAGAAGUCCAGUUUGUGACAUAAGAUCAAGGUCCAUUUUUUUUUUUCUUUUUUCUCUCUCUUUUUUUUCCUAACUGUACCAGGGAAGUUCCUGGGCCAGGGGAUUGAAUCUGAGCAGCAGCUGUGACCCAUGCCACAGCUGUGGCAAUGCCAGAUCAUCAAUCUGCAGCACCACAUCAGGAAUUCCCUCUAUUUUCUUUCUUUUCUCUAGUUCACUGAAGACCCUGGAGGAGCUGCUUUCCAUAAUAUAAUCUCUUUGAAGUGCUCCCUCUCUGAAACAUGGAAUAUAAAAAGUGGCCCGGACAUACUGUCAGGAGAAGUUUGUUCUGUCUCAUCCUAUCACUAAACCCCUCUGGCUUUUGGACAAAUCUCCCUGACUUUCUUGGUCCUGAUUUCCUCAUCUGUGAAAAAAGAAAUUCAUAUAGAAGUUUAUAUAUGUAUAUACAUUUAACAAAAUUUAGAAAUAAACUGGAUAAGUGUUACAUAAGAAUCAGACUCAAUGUUCUCACUGACAGUCUUUAUAAUUAAAUGAUUAGAAUUUAUACUGAAAAUGGAGUAAAUAGCAUAGUCCAGUCCUACUACUACCUUGUAGUAGGUAUUGUUAGCAGUUAGAAUGUUAGCAGUUCUCCAUUGUUCUGCAUUUGGUUUCCUAUAAGAUCUUGCUUUUUAAUGUUCUGAAACAUUACCUCUGAGAACCCCUCAGACCUAACAUUCUAUGUAAAUUACAUUUUUACAUGUAAAACAAAAUGUAUUUGCGGCUCUCCGAACAUAAUAAUAAAUACUAAUGACCAAUAAUGGUUUUAGUGGAAGGCAGAGGAUUAAGAUAACUAAUUAAAAUAAGUAAAUGAUAACUACUAGAAAAGAAGUGUAAGCCGUAUCCUAAUUAUUGAAUUUGCUGAUUAUUUUCCCCACUGCUUGGCUUCUGUUUGGUUGUCAGCUGAAACACAUUAUUGUAUGUUUGGGAAGAGGAAAUUUGCUUCAAGAUUGCUAUGACUGGCCUAUGCGCAAGAGUUAAAGGAUUUCACCCCCGGGGAUUUUAGAGAAUAGGUUUUGGGCAAUUGCUCAGUUGAUCAUUCUAAAUUAAAUUACUAAGUACUGAAUCCACAUCUGGUUUAGAGAAACAUUGCUGGUAGAGGACUUUUUGUCUUCCUCCCCUUAUUUUAUAUAAGUGAAGAAAUACUCCAAGAAAUUGCCUAAACUCGAGUUGUCAGGACUAUGGGAAAGCUGUUUUCAGAAUCAGCUUUGCCUUAUAAUAUAGAUUCAGUGCAGCAUUAAAUAGAAUUCCUAUGUCCACCUGAAACAUAUGGAGGUUCACAGGCUAGGGGUCCAAUCAGAGCUGCACCUGCCGGGCUACACCACAGCCACAGCAACACCAGAUCCAAGUUGCAUUUACCAUACCAAUUCCUUUAUCCACUGAGCGAGGCCAGAGUUGGAACCCGCAUCCUCGUGGGUACUAGCCGGGCUCUUAACUCACUGAGCCACAACGGGAACUCCCUAGAAUUCCUUUUUAAGAUUGGUGUCACAGGACAGAAUGGACACCCCUCAUCUGAUUGUUUUUUAAAGGGGUUAGAUGAUGCUGGGUGUGUGAUCUAAUGUGGCAUAUCUGAACAGAGAACAUUGUAACCAGGUUCAUCAUAGUUUCCAAAGUUCAAAUGCUUCUUCCAUGAUUAAUACCCUGCAAGAGGGUUGUUGGUAAUCAACCAAACUCAGUCUUGAGCCUUCAAAGUGAGACUAGAGAGGUUCCUGUGCCAUCAUCCUCUGAAUGGCUCCCUCUUGUCUUGAGAAAGGUGUUUCUACACCUAUCCUCCCUCCUCCACCUCCCCCCAAGUCAGCAUUCUCAAAAGUCUGGUCUUGGAACCAGUAUCUUGGCAUUACCUGGGAACUUGUUAGAAAAGUAGAUUCUCCAGUCUCCCCGCAGACUUCCUGAAUGAGACACUGUGGGGACAGAGCCAGUCUGUGUCUGCAGGAUCUUUGCAUGUGAUUCUGAUGCUCACCACUGCUCUGGUUCAUGGUUCACAUGGGCAUGGUGGCCAUUCAGGAGUCAGGUCUGGGGACUUCUGUUGAGGUCAUACUAACUGACCUGUGAGGAAGCUAGGACCUAUACCCUAACUUCAUUUGGCUCUGGUUCCAGAUAGUCCUCUUCUUGCUUACAAAAGAUAAUAUAGGUAGUCUUCUGGAAGGAGCAGGAAUGGUGGCUGCUUUCCACCCUUCCCUUGGCUUUAACACACAUAGACGCACACACACACACAGACACACAGACAUACACACAUCUACCACGGCCCUAUAUGAUUGCCUAUAGUAGUGAAAGACUAGUUCCUCCCAGCUCUGUGCCUUUUGGGAAGGUCGUCACUUUGCACAUCAGUCUUCAUCUUCUGCUGUGGUCCUCAACCAUGUCUGCACAUUGAAAUCACCUAGGACCACCCCACCCCCCAGAAAUUCUUAUAUAAUGGUCAGAGUGUGACCUGGGUAUUUUUUUAACUAAGAUCUUAUUUUUUUAGAGCAGUUUUAGGUUCACAGAAAAAUUAAGAGGUACAGAGAUUUCCCAUCUACCCCUGCUUCCACACAUGCACACAGAGUCCCCUCAUUACCAGCCUCCUCCACCAGAGAGGUUUGUUGAAAUUAAUGCACCUUCAGUGACACAUCAUAAUCACCUAAAGCCUAUAGUUUUCAUUAAAGUUUACCUUUUUUAUUUUUUAAACAACCAAUGUUUCUUUCUUACAGUUCUAGAGGCUGGGAAGUCCAAGUCCAAGAUCAGCAAUGUCUGGUGAGGCAUUGCUUCCUGGCUUGUAGAUGUCUGUCUUCUCACUGUAUCCUCAUGUGGUGGAGAGCAGAGAGAGGAAGGAAACUCUCUGGUUUCUCUUCGAAGGACAGUAAUCCCAUCAUAAAGGCUCCACCUUCAUGACCUAAUUACCUCCCAAAGACCUACCUCCAAAUACCAUCAUAUUAUCAUAGUUCACUCUUGACACUCUACAUCCUUUGGGCUUGAACAAAUGUAUAAUGACAUGUAUCCAUCAUGAUGGUAUCAUACAGAGUAUUUUCACUGCAUUUAAAAAUUAUCUGUGCUCUGCCUGUUCAUUCCUCCCUCACUACCCCAAUGCCAGACAGCUGCUGGUCUUUUUACUGUCUGCAUAAUUUUGCUAUUUACAGAAGGUCAUAUAGUUGGAAUCAUACAGUAUAUAGUCUUUUCAUAUUGGCUUCUUUCACUUAGCAAUAUGCAUUUAAGGUUCCUCUGUGUCUUUUCAUGACUCGGUAGCUCAUUUCUUUUUAACCCUGAAUAAUAUUCCAUUUGUGGAUGUACCACAGUUUAGCAAUUCACUUACUGAAGGACAUCUUGGUUGCUUUCAAGUUUUGGCCAUCAUGAAUUAGCUGUUACAAAUAUCCUUGUGCAGGUUUUUGUGUGGAUGUGUGUUUUUAACUUUUUUGGAUGGGUGCUAAGGAGCACAACUGCUGGAUCAUAUGAUAAGAUAAUGUUUAAUUUUGUAAGAAACUACCAAACUGUCUUCCAAAGUGGCUGUGCCAUUUUGCAUUCCCAUCUGCAAUAUAUGAGAGUUCCUAUUGCUCCACAUCCUCAUCAGCACUUGAUGUCAUCAGUGUUCCAGAUUUGGGCCAUUCUGUUUAGUGUGUAAUAGAUGGUUUAAUUUGCAUUGAUGACAUAGGAUGUGGAGCAUCUUUUCAUAUGCUUAUUUGCCAUCUGUAGAUCUUCUUAGGUGAAAUGUCCCUUAAGGUCUUUGGCCCAUUUUUGAAUCGGGUUGUUUGUUUUCUUAUUGUUGAAUUUGAAGUGUUCUUUGACUAUUUCAGAUAACAGUCCUUUAACAGAUAGGUCUUUUGCAAAUAUUUUUUCCCUGUCUGUGGCUUAUCUUCUCAUUGCCUUGAGGCAUCAGGAUUUUAAAACCUUCUCAGGUGAUUCUAAUAUGCUGCUGAGUUUGAGAAUCAAUGGGUUAAAAUGUCAAGGCAGCUGAUGAAGAUGAGGACGAAGAUGGGCUAGGCAGUGAGGGAAAAGCCCACUCAUUGAUGAGAGGCCAGAGCUCUCCAAAGCUGGUUCCCCAAGAAGCUCUCACAACCCUCUUUUCUCCCCAACAGCAAGACUAGACCAGGGUCCCUCCCAACAUUUUGUCCCAUGGGACCGAGACAGCCUUCAUUUUUGGAGCAUCCUUCCAGCUUUGCCUUGGUGACCAUGACAUUGACAGAUAGGAGACUCUGCCUGAAAGAUGCCGAGUUCCUGCAGGCUUUCUGGGUCCAGCAGAACACAGUGUCAUUCAAGGUGGCAUGAAUGAGGGUGUGACGGAGAAUGCUGCCCACUUCUGAAGCCUCUGGAGGAUCCUGGCAGGCCAGCUGAGCUGCCCUCAGGUUUGGGCCUUGAGGUGUAACUGGGUGUAGAGCUCAUGAAAGGUGCUUGGAUUUCUCCAGUUUUCUUCACCAUCACUCAACAAACUGGUUUGGGUUUCAGAAUCUAAGAGGAACUGGUAGAAAGGAGAGCUGGCGGAGGUAGAAAGAAAUCCCUGGAAGCCUCUACAAUCCAUUGUUGGAAUCUCUUCAUAUUGCUCCAGACCCAGAGGGCAGCCCCCUAGCUGACAGAGGCUGCCAUACAGCUAGCUUCGGACCACCGAAAGUAGAGGAACACAGCUCAGCAGCAGCUCUGCAUUUCAGCCAGAAGGAACCUCUGUUAACAAAGGAUUUUAAGGGGAGAGUUGCUGCGUCUUUACUAUGUGGCCCAUCAUGACAGGAAACUUUAUGUUCACAUAGUGAAUAAAACUGGUUUUUUCCUUCCAAGAUGCUAUAUUUGAAAGAAUCAUGAGCCAUUCUAAGCUUCCAAGAAGGCUCAGGAAUUGGUGGACAGCCUUCCCAGUGCAGGUUAAGGAAACAGUCUGAGCCUCCAACUUGUACAGCUCAGCAAGUAUGGACUUAUGCCACUCUUGUCUCCAGAGAGCUGGUGGCAGUGACAUCACUAGAAAAAAAAGCAUCCCUCAGCCUUGGGACUUGACAGAAUGAGGUGUGCUGGAGAAGCCACUAGCUGGGACUUGGCCUUUUCUGACUGCCCUUUCAUCCCACGGGCAGCCCCUGACCACUAAGCCAACAAUGGCUGAAAAGGGUGACUGCAUCGCCAGUGUCUAUGGUUAUGACCUUGGUGGGCGUUUCAUUGACUUGCAACCCCUGGGCUUUGGCGUCAAUGGGCUGGUACUGUCCGCCGUGGACAGCAGGGCCCGCCGGAAGGUGGCUGUGAAGAAGAUCACCCUGAGUGACACCCGCAGCAUGAAGCACGCGCUCCGGGAGAUCAAGAUCAUCCGGCGCCUAGACCAUGACAACAUCGUGAAGGUGUACGAGGUGCUGGGGCCCAAGGGCACCGACCUGCAGGGUGAACUGUUCAAGUUCAGCGUGGCCUACAUCGUCCAGGAGUACAUGGAGACUGACCUGGCACGCCUGCUGGAGCAGGGCACCCUGACAGAGGAGCACGCCAAGCUGUUCAUGUACCAGCUGCUCCGAGGGCUCAAGUACAUCCACUCCGCCAACGUGCUGCACAGGGACCUGAAGCCCGCCAACAUCUUCAUCAGCACGGAAGACCUCGUGCUCAAGAUCGGGGAUUUUGGGUUGGCAAGGAUCGUUGAUCAGCAUUACUCACACAAGGGUUACCUGUCAGAAGGCUUGGUAACAAAGUGGUACCGCUCACCACGCCUGCUCCUCUCCCCCAACAACUACACCAAAGCCAUCGACAUGUGGGCCGCCGGCUGCAUCCUAGCCGAGAUGCUUACGGGGAGGAUGCUCUUUGCUGGGGCUCAUGAGCUGGAGCAGAUGCAGCUCAUCCUGGAGACCAUCCCUGUAAUCCGGGAGGAGGACAAGGACGAGCUGCUCAAAGUGAUGCCUUCCUUCGUCAGCAGCACCUGGGAGGUGAAGAGGCCGCUGCGUAAGCUGCUCCCUGAGGUCAACAGCGAAGCCAUCGACUUUCUGGAGAAGAUCCUGACCUUUAAUCCCAUGGAUCGCCUGACCGCCGAGAUGGGGCUGCAGCACCCCUACAUGAGCCCGUACUCUUGCCCCGAGGAUGAGCCCACCUCACAGCACCCCUUCCGCAUUGAGGACGAGAUUGAUGACAUCCUGCUGAUGGCUGACAACCAAAGCCAGCUCUCCAACUGGGACAGGUACCCCGUGAGCCUGUCAUCGGACCUGGAGUGGCGGCCCGACCGAUGCCAGGACGCGAGCGAGGUGCAGCGCGACCCGCGCGCGGGCUCGGCGCCGCUGGUGGAGGAUGUGCAGGUGGACCCGCGCAAGGACUCACAGAGCAGCUCGGAGCGCUUCCUGGAGCAUUCGCACUCGUCCAUGGAGCGCGCCUUCGAGGCCGACUAUGGGCGCUCCUGCGACUACAAGGUGGGGUCGCCGUCCUACCUGGACAAGCUGCUGUGGCGCGACAAUAAGCCACACCACUACUCGGAGCCCAAGCUCAUCCUGGACCUGUCGCACUGGAAGCAGGCGGCCGGGGCGCCCCCCAGUGCCGCGGUGUCCGCUGUGGCGGCAGACGCCGGGCCGCGCGACGACGAGCCAGCCAGCCUCUUCCUGGAGAUCGCGCAGUGGGUCAAGAGCACGCAGGGCGGCCAAGAGCGCUCCAGCCCGCCCCCCGACGUCCCUGAGCGCCGCCUGUCGGCCACCCCACCGGGUCGCCCAGCCCCCAUGGACGGGGGCGCUAGCCCCCAGUUCGACCUGGACGUGUUCAUCUCCCGAGCUCUGAAGCUCUGCACCAAGCCUGAGGACCUGCCGGACAACAAACUGGGCGACCUCAACGGCGCGUGCAUCUCCGAGCACCCUGGCGAUCUCGUGCAGACCGAGGCCUUCUCCAAAGAAAGGUGGUAAGGGUGGAGGAGUCGCUCCAGGACACCGGGAGAACACCCUGGGGAAGCCGGGCCUGGCAGGAGGGGGGGCGGCCUCCCCGGCACCUCCCCCACCCCUUCUGCCCCUCUCUGCUGCCUUGGGGUUAGCAGAACACAGAAAGGAUCCGAGGAGCGAGAGGAAUGUCCUUUCCUUAAACUGCCUUAAUAACUAGCCUUUAACCUCUGGGAGCGGGUUUGAACAGGAGCCUAGUGUGGGGGUUGAUCACUUUCACAGCGAAGAGAAGGCCCUUGCGUUUUCCUAAGUGGUGGUGCACAGGGAAGAAACACGUCUCAGACGGCCUGCAGGCCCCACCUGCGUGGCCUCAUGCAGAGAGGAAUCUUGGGGGCAUAGUGUUGAAACCAUUCUGGCCCAAUUAGCCUCCAGUGACUGAUGAGGAAGGCCAGUGAGGCCCAGAGAAGCCCAAUGACUUGCUUAGGCAAUCAAGGCCUAGUCAGUGUCAGGGCAAGCCUCCGAUCCCAGUCUCCUGGCCCUCUGGCUGUGUCUGUCCACUAACCAAUGUCUUCCUCUACUGGGGUUACUCUGUCUUUUCGCUCAGAAAACUUGGUUCAAGAUGUUCCUUCCUUGGCUGUUCCCAUCUAAUCCAUUCUGUGUGCUUUUACUCAGAGCCAUGUCCCUUGAAUUCUGAAAUUGGAAAUGGAGCUAGCUUCUCCCCCUACUCCACCAAGUAUAUUUUUUUUUUCUGGCUCCUCAAGUACUUAAAUAUUCCCAUCUGCCUUCCACCCCCGCUCCUGCCUUACCCCUGCGUGCUCUGAAAACUUGGUUUCAGAUCAGGCCAGAUUGGGGUCUGUGGGUAAAGAACUCAUUCUCCUAGGCCUGGGCACCCACCUUCUCCAGAACUUCCUAUGCACUUUCCUGACACCUGCAUGGACAAAAAGAUGCAGCUCUAGUUCCCAAGGGAAUGUCAUACAUGGGUGAGUUUGAAGACAGCAAUUCCAAGAAUCCCUCCAGCCUGCCCCACCCUCCACCCCCACAGACACAGCGCUUCCCCAAGCCUACCUGGGGAACUAAUGUUCUCAUCCCAAGAACAAGGUGCCUGCCCUAGAGCAAAUGCAUGAAGAGAGAUUUCGCACAGGACCCAUUUGGCUUCAUUAAUACUGUCUGAUUUUGAUCACCCAUUUAGCCCUGGCAAAGAGCAGGCCCUGAAGAAAGGCAUUGGAAAGCGAGGGACCCUGGGGACAAGGCAUGCAGAAAGGUGGGAAGGUAUGAAAGAUGGUGUGCCAACAGUGAGGGCCCUCAGGGAUCAGAAUCAGAGUGGGGACCCUACAACCAAAGAAAGGACUCAAGGCCACCAUGUCCUUCCUGGCUUAGGCCAGGAUGAGUUUGGACCAUGCAAAACCAGAAGUGCUCUUGCACACAGAGCCGAGGGGCCCAGUAUGUGGGCACGGCAGGCCCUCAGCAGAAGCAUGCAAUCUAGUGUCCUGCACAUGCUCUGCCAUUUCCACCACUAGCAUUCAGCUCCCCCUAAAGAGGCCCAUGGGAAAUCUAGCCAGUCUGUAAACAGAGAAUUCCCCAGUGUUUAUCUUAGGCUGUGUUCACCCUCACCUCAACAGCACCUUAAAUCUAAACAGCUAUCUAGGAUCUGUACAUCAAAACCUGCAACACGUUAGAAACUUAUAUUUAAAAGCAAUUCAUCAUACUGACCAAUUUUUAAAUGGAAAAUAUGUAAAUAUGAAGUAUUCGGGUUUCUUUUUUCUUUUUUUUAAAGAAAAGGAAGUGUACACCGCUCCUCAUGUGCCAUUUGUCCUCAGAGGGCGGCUUUACUUUUUUGGUAAAGGAACAAGCUGCUGACCUUGACCAGGAGUUCAUACAUAAUUGUUAUUACAGAGGAAUUGCUAUUACUACUCGUGUUUUAAAAAAAAAAAAUCUAUUAAACAUUAUUAAACUUGAUUGGGAUGGGCCAAAUAAAGUUUUAUUGGAACAUAGA